AUGAACAACGGAUCGCUGAAUUUGCACCCAAUGAAUAGUGCAGACCACACAGCAGCCAGAGUGGGAUUGGAAGUCCACACCCUGAAUCCUAGUCUUGAAGGAAUACAGCAACAGCAAGACAAAUUUGCACAGCACGUAUCACAACAGAACACGGUUAAACUUAAUCACCAAGCUCAAGAGUUAGGUUCUGGAGAAGACUUGGUGCCGCCCUACAAUAGUAGUAUGUGUGUGAACAAUUCGCUAGUUAAUAAUAGUAAUGUCCUUCUAGGUGCAGAAGGAGGUUCGUUGGACCUAAGGCCCCAGAAAAAAACUACACUGGAAGCAGUGUCGCCCUUGGGAGAUGAUCCAGAGAAUACAGACGGUGCACUAUAUUCUGAAUCGAGAGAUAAUAGUGAAUACAAUGAUAACUCAGAACAAACCAAUCAGUUAUCAAAGAGCUCUUCUGAGCAAGAAGUCAAAAGUGAAAUUAAUAAUGACGUGGAAGGAAAACGAGAAAACUACCAUGGCGACAAACAUGGUAAGAUUGACCUUUCUGAAAGCGAAUUACAGAUGCAACAAAUCAACUAUCAGCGUCAACUGUUUGAGCAAAAGCUUGAACAGAAGAAAAUGGAACAAUUCCGGAAACUCCAUCAAGUCUCUUCAAACGCUAAUGAUAAUCAUCAGAAAUUUGCAAAGAGCAUGUCUCCAAUGAGUCCAAGGGCAGUAACUCCAUUAUCUCAAAUAAACAGUGAACUGCGAGGUUCUGGAAAUAACUUGAAUUCUGCGGAGAGUACACAUUUCCCUAGGCAAAUGGGAGCAUCACAUACACAUACAGCCAUAAGUACCACAACUCCAACAACUGCAAUUCAUACUCCUUCACCCAUCUCUGCUACCAUCGGUACGCCGAUUGCCAACAGAGAAUUUAUAUCUAACGGCACCGCUUCAGAUACCCAUAUUCCACGCACAUUCAUGUCAACUGAAUCUGUAAUUCCAUCGACACAUUUUUCACCGCCUAGGAGAAGACCCAACUCCCCAUUCCAUGAUAAUUCUAACCUACAUAUUAAACAGAUUAAUGAUAAUCAGAGGCCUAUUUACACACCUGCUGUGUUAAGGGUUACAAAAGAUACCCCGAGCCAAUCAUCUUAUAUUGAACCUGGAUUCGAUGUCAACAAAACACCAGACCGGCCAGUUCUCACUAAGAGCACAUCAAAUGCUUCAGCCAAAUCUACUGCAUCUUCAAUAAUAGAUUAUUGGAACUAUUUGACGGGCAGGGUCCCGGAUGAUAAAUAUGAUGGCCCAUCAAGAAUACAUUGGAAGCCAGAUAGUAGUCGGUUCAAUUGUGAGCAGUGCGGUAAACUGUUCAACUAUUUGACUGAGAGUCGAAGAAGACAUCAUUGCCGUUCAUGUGGGGGACUAUUUUGUGGAACAUGUUUGAGGAACUAUAUAUAUCUGGAUAAAGAUGCUAAAUUCACGUUAUUUGGGCGAGAAUGGGAUGAUGAUAAUGACAAUGAUUAUAAUGCUGAUAAUGGAGAAGCUUAUAAUCCAGUUGAUGAUUUUCAUAAUGGUGGGGGCAACAAUAAAAAUAGGGAUAACUGUGGUAACACUCAACUCGAUAAUGUAGAACGAGCUAGAAGUUCUAAAACAGUGAAAGAAUCUCCAAAGUAUCUCUGUAAGGUUUGUCAUUUAUGUUUCCAGAAAUAUGAGGAAUAUGUGCUUGACCACACGACGAGGGAUCAUAAUUUAGGAACUAAUGGUAAAGACUUGAACAAGACUAGCUCUGAAAACAGAGACCAAAAGGCCGACACCCAAAGUGUUCCCGCAGAUUGGGAUUGGAGUUCCUUUUGA